UAAGAUAUUUCAGAGCUCCUAAUUAGUUAUAGAGUGUCAGCAUAUUUCACAGUGCAAGACAAUGGGGUCUCUUGGUCUUCAAAUGAUGCUCUCACUUCUCAUAUGGGUGGCACAAGGAAGCCCCCAGUAUCGGAAAACCAAUGACCGCCAAGGACAGUGCACCUAUACUUUUACUGUACCCAGUCCCAGAGAAGGCAGCUGUACAGAACCUGGAGAGGCUAUGACAGCCAUCCAAGACCUUCAGCGUGAAAACUCGGUCCUUCGUCAAGAGAUGGACUCAGUAAAAACCAGGAUCAGUUUGCUGGAGAAGGUGGUUAACCAGUUUCUUGGAGGAGAGGUAUCUGGGUUCCCAACCCCUGUCCCCCAAGCUCAUGAAAAUUUGAGACAAGAGGUAGAGAGACUACGGAUGGAAAAGGAUGAAUGGGAAGGACAGAGAGGUAGCCUGGAGAUGGCUUAUUCUGACCUGUUAAAGGAGAAGUCUACUUUGGAAGAGGAAAAGCAGACACUGAAUGCGAGGUUGGAAAGAGUUCUUCAAGGACAAUGCCCUAAGGUUGCUGAGGUUUCCAGGGCCAAGGAGCAGCAGAUGUCACCAAGACAAACAUCCCGUUGGGGAGCAGAUGGUACAGGAUACCAGGAGCUGAAGUCUGAAUUAACUGCCCUACCAGCUUCUAGGAUGAUUCCAGAGGAUCGCUCUACCAUCCAAAGUGCAGAGAACGCAAACUCUGGUGGUGGCUGUGGGGAACUCAUCUGGAUUAGUGAACCUUCUACCUACAGAAAGGCUGACAACAUUGCUGGGAGAUAUGGAGUAUGGAUGAGAGAUCCUGAGCCAGUAUCCCCCUUUACCCUAGAAACCAUCUGGAGGGUCAAUACUGUAGGAGCAGAUAUACGUCAAGUCUUUGAAUAUGAGAACUUAGAUCAGCUUGUCAAAGGUUACCCAACUAAAGUUUAUGUUUUGCCUCGUCCCAUGGAGAGCAAUGGAGCUGUUAUCUACAAAGGCUCUCUUUAUUACCCCAGACGCAAAUCUAGAAUUCUGGUUAAGUAUGAUUUCUUGACAGAAACAGCUUCUGUUCAGAGGGAACUUCAAAAUGCUGGUUACCAUGGUAAAUUUCCUUACUCUUGGGGUGGAUAUACUGACAUUGACCUUGCUGUUGAUGAGACAGGUCUCUGGGUGAUCUAUAGCACUGAGAAAGCUAAAGGGUCCAUAGUCAUAUCUCAACUGGACCCUAAUACUUUAGAAGUUAAGCAGACCUGGGAAACUCCCCUGCGUAAGCAGUCGGUGGCCAAUGCAUUCAUGAUCUGUGGUACUUUAUAUACUGUUGGAAGUUAUUCAUCCACCAGUACCACAGUCAAUCAUGCUUUUGACACUCACACAGGUGUCCAUCGUCAAAUAAGUGUCCCAUUCCAGAAUCAGUAUGCUUAUGCCAGUAUGAUUGAUUACAACCCGACUGAGAAAAGAAUUUAUGGUUGGGACAAUUACAACAUGGUAACUUAUGAUGUGAGGUUGUCCAAGAUGUGAGUUGAAGCCAAGAAUGCAUAAUAUUUUAAAGGGAAGGGUGGGUGAGUGGCUGGUGGCAGAGGGAAGGCUAAGCUUUACCACAGUUAGGCACUUGAAAGCAAAGAAAAAUAA